GGGAGCUAACCCACUGAGAGAAAAAAAACGGCAAUGGAAACGGAAGGAGCAGGGGAAAGCGGUUGGCUACGUUACCUUACGCUGCAGUAGUUUUCCCGUGGCCGUGAUGGCAUGGCCAGCCGAGGCGGGAGAUCCUCGGGGGCCAUUAUUGUACUGCCGGCGGGUGGUGGCCACCCCCACUCUUCCCGGGCGGGAGGCGAGGGCGGCCGCGAGGCUGCUGCGGGAGCGCCUUUCUCCCCGCACGGAGGGGCCAGUCGGGCGGCACGGAUUAAAUGGAGCGCGGGGGAAGGGGGGACGCCGGAAAAACCAUGUGUGCGUGGGCGAGAAGUGCAAUGCUUUUUGUGGAGUUGGCCUGUAGGACUGGAAAAGUGCAGGCGUGUGUGUGUGCAAGACGGGACUUGUCAGGCGUGGCCUGGCCUGGUCUGGCCGGCUCGGCAACUGUC